AAUAAUAUAUUUUUCACCAAAAAUAUUUUUUUUAAACAAAGAAAUCAAAAACAAUAUUUAUGAAUAAUAUUGAACGAGUUAAUCUUAACUCAUCCUCACCACAGUCAUCAUCAUCAAAUUCAUCAUCAUUAGAUUCAUCAUCUUCAUCAAGUUCAUCAUUAUCAGCAGCAUCACCUUCAUUUACAUCACCUCUGCCAAUUCCUUCUCCGACUACACCACUGACACUCUUUCCUAGCGCCACUAAAUCAUCGCAUACAUCAUUUCCGAUACUUGAUUUGUCAAUAGCAGGCAAAAUUCCAAUAACUCAACAACUUCAACAUAAAGAUACUCAGACCGAACUUACCUUAGCAAAUUCCCUACUACUUUCCUUCACAGCCGCCGCCACCGCAUCAGCAGUAAAACAACAAUCUAUUGUACGCUCUGUGACAGCGACCAGCAUUAUGGACAUGCCCUUCAAUACCUCACCUUCCCUACGCGUCCGCACUACAUCGCUCAACCAAUUGAAGAAAACUGCUGAUUUAGUUAUUGAAAAUGAAUUACACGUCUGUCCAAGUGUUAUGUCUGAUGAACUACGAAAAUUGUUGCCCCCUACCUCUGAAACUGUCAUGACUAAACCUUUUCCGAUACGCGGAGAGCGUGCCAUUAACGACGUAACUACGCCUCACGUAAUCGCAAUGGUUGGUCUACCUGCACGUGGAAAAACUUUCAUUUCAAAGAAACUGGCUCGCUAUCUAAAUUGGAUUGGCAUAUCCACUCGUGUGUUUAAUUUGGGUGAAUACCGUCGCUGUGCUACAACGGCAUAUAAAUCGCAUGAAUUUUUCAGAGCUGAUAAUGAAGAAGCAAUGGCAAUUCGAAAUAGAUGCGCGAAUCAGGCCUUACAUGAUUCUUGUGAAUGGCUGUUGAGCGGCCUUGGAAGUAUCGCAGUAUUUGAUGCAACUAACUCAACACGAGAUAGACGACAGCUAAUAUAUGAUAUUGUUGUGAAACAGCACAAUUUUCGAUUGUUUUUUGUGGAAUCUAUUUGCGAUGAUCCUCAAAUUAUUGAACAAAAUAUUAAGGAAGUCAAAGUAAGCUCACCAGAUUAUAUAAAUAUGAACACUGAUUUGGUUGUGCGCGAUUUUUUGCAACGAAUUGAGCAUUACGAAGAACGAUACCAGCCAAUUGAUGAGAUUGGAGAAUCGCAUUUUAGUUUUAUGAAGGUUUAUAACGCGGGUAAAAAAGUUGUCGUAUACAACAAUGAGGGUCAUGUUGAGUCACGAAUUGUUUAUUAUUUGAUGAAUACUCACAUCACUCCACGCACAAUUUACUUAACUCGGCAUGGUGAAAGUGACCAUAAUCUUAAGGGGCUUAUUGGUGGAGACUCCAAUCUUAGUGAACGUGGACGAUUAUAUGGUCAAGCCCUAUCAUCAUAUAUUGAAAAGCAGCAAAUCGACGGGCUCCGCGUAUGGACUUCGUGGAUGAAACGAGCUAUACAAACUGUUGCUGGGAUUAAAGCUCCUCAAGAACGUUGGAAGGCAUUGAAUGAAAUAGAUGCAGGACAUUGUGAAGAAAUGACAUAUGAGCAAAUAAAAGAGAAAUAUCCUGAAGAAUUUAAAGCGCGUGAUUUAAAUAAAUUUGCCUAUCGCUAUCCACGAGGGGAAAGCUAUGAAGAUUUAGUUGCACGCCUUGAACCAGUUAUAAUGGAACUUGAACGUCAAGGCAAUGUACUUGUUGUUUCACAUCAAGCUGUACUGCGCUGCUUAUUCGCUUACUUUUUGGAUAAGUCGGCGGACGAGUUGCCAUACUUAUAUGUACCAUUGCAUACAGUUAUCAAGUUGACCCCAGUUGCUUACGGCUGUAAAGUGGAACACAUUAAAUUACCUAUAGAUGCAGUUGAUACACAUCGUCCAAAGCCAAAAAUACCGGGUGAUGUUUCUUUGGGCUUAGAUGGAUUGAGUGGUGAAUUAGUAGCUGCCGAUGGGGUGGGUAAAGUGUUAAUUGUAGGCGACGAUGUAGCUAAGGCAAAUGGAAGCUCUAUUCGCAAUAAUUCUUCUUCAGUUACCGAAUGUGUGUUGGGUUCUAAUAUAAGCGAUGAUGCUGAUAACUGUAAUAACAUCAAUACUUGUGUAUGACAGCAAAACGUCGUUUUAUUAAAGCGUGAAUUGCUGAGUAAGACCAAUUACAAAUUCAAUACAUUGUAAUCAUUUGCAAUACGCAUAGCACUGUUGGUUAAUAAACCUUCUGAACUAGAAAAAAAUAUAUAUAAUUCAUUUAAAAAAUAAAUCUUUUUGAUAUAAUAUAUGGUGA